UAUACUAGUUAAUCCUUAAAAAUAUGGACAUUUUGAGCUUUUCCUCAAAAACACAAACCCGUUCUCCUAUUUCCCCCGUUCGAUCAAACACAACACUGCACUCUGCUGAUUACUGACAUCGGACUCUUCUUCCACCGGCUUCACGAUCACCCUAGCCCUGAAGUCAGGUGCAUCUUAGGCUGGCCACUUUGCCUCACUCAGAUAAUCAUGAUGCACCAUUUGUCAAGUAGUGUAUCAAAGAGAAUACUCUCUUCUGUAAUGGCUUGCUAUAGAAACAGUUCUUCUUUCUCUAUGGUUUCAAGACACCCAUACAGAAGCUCAACUCUGCAGCAGAUUGUUGACAAGUCACCACAAAAUGCUAUUCCUAGUGAUUUCUUGAAAUGGCGUUCGCUUGGUUGUAUUAGGACAUCAAAAUUUGCCUCUGGCUUCACCCCUUUGAAGCAAAAGCCCUUGGACUCUAUUAUUGACAUGGAGAGAGCAAAGGACAAAUCAGCUGAAGAGCUAGCUGACAUUUGGGAUGAUGUUUUGUCAUGGACAAAUAGACACAAAUUUUGUCAUAAAAAUGAGCAGUAUCACUUGGGAAGAGGUCACAUUGCAGCAUCAAUGAAAUCUAAGUUAUAUAAGCUCUUGGAGCAAAGAGCUUCAAGUUGCCGGUAUUUUGUGAUUCCUCUAUGGAAGGGAAGUGGUUACACAACGAUGUUUGUGCAAGUGCAGGCGCCACACAUUCUAAUUACAGGCCUUGAAGAUUACAAAGCACGAGGAACUCAAGCUGCUCCAUACUUCACAGUUUCUUACUACACUGAAUUUGCUGAAAGCAAGGAUCUAGUUCUUGUACGAGGGGACAUUGUCUUUACUAGCAAGCUCACUGACUCGGAGGCAAAAUGGCUCUUGGACACUGCACAGUCCUUUUACUUGAAUGAUGUUAGGUACAAACUAGUGGAGCGCUUUAACAGAGAAACGAGAGAGUUCGAGUUCAAAGAUGUUUUACAAACUUUGGAGAUGCCUAUACUGUGAUUGACAUAGCUAAUUUUGUGUCAUAAGAGCAAUCAGAAGAGAUGGAGAUUGAUUUGAAGGAUCAUUCCGAAAUCAGCAACAAUAGGAUAUUAGUCCUCCUUGCCAUUUGGACAGGCAAUCGUGUCUCUCCAGCACAAUGAUUCUAUUGCAUCAUCUUUUCUUAUUUUGAUUUCUUUCAUUGAGGCAAAGUCAAGCAUCUUCAUGGUGUUUUGGUUUGAUGGAAUGAAUAGAAAUAGCAUAACAAUCUUUUUCUAACUUUGA